UAUGGAUUAAAAUUCAAAGUGAAAAAGAAAAAUCAUAAAUAGCCUCUCAUAAAUUUGUUGUCACAAUUAUUGACUCUUCUCAUCUCCAUUCGGUUACUCAUUACCAUGGAAGCCGCUCAUCUUCUCCUGCUACUCUGCGCCUAUGCGCUCACUAUACCAACUCUCUCCUUUGCCACCACCGACGCCUAUCCCGCUGUCCCCGGCACCAAUUCCGGUGAUUGCUCGCUCUCCGACGCCCAGAUUUCUCUUACCCCUACUCGCCGGGAAGUAUACGGGGAUGGAAGAAUCUUCGAUAUCAGUCAUCGAUUUAGCACUGACAUGCCGGCGUUUGAGUCAAGUGAGGGAGUUGGCCAGUUCGUCUGGCUUGCCAAGAGCAUGAAGAAUGGUUCUAUCGCCAACAACUCCGAGAUGAAGCUUCCUGUUCAUACUGGGACCCACGUCGAUGCUCCCGGACACGUUUACGAUCACUACUUCGAUGCUGGAUUCGACGUUGACACUCUUGAUUUGGAAGUUCUUAAUGGUCCAGGAUUGUUGGUUGAUGUUCCAAGGGACAAGAAUAUAACUGCCGAAGUUAUGAAGUCGUUAAAUAUUCCCAAAGGAGUUCGCCGUGUGCUUUUCAGAACGUUAAAUACAGACAAACGACUUAUGUUUAAAAAGGAGUUCGACACAAGCUACGUGGGAUUUAUGAGGGAUGGAGCAAAAUGGUUGGUGGAGAACACAGAUGUAAAACUUGUUGGAAUUGAUUACUUAUCUGUUGCUGCCUAUGAUGAUUUGAUUCCUUCUCAUCUUGUUUUUCUAAAAGAAAGGGAAAUCAUCCUUGUGGAAGGACUAAAACUUGAUAAUAUUCAGCCAGGAAUUUAUUCUAUCCACUGUUUGCCACUGAGAUUGAAAGGCGCAGAAGGAUCGCCCAUAAGAUGCAUUCUCAUCAAAUGAUUUGCUUUCUCAGAAGCAAUGCUAGACUCCUGGAUGAGACAUGGCGAUUCAAACGGGCUUCGAAGCUGAAUAUUCCACUUGGUUUCUACAUUUUCUUUUCACAUGUAAAUAAAAAUAAAGACUGGUUUGAUGGAUACUACUAUCAACUAGAAUAAUCUUAGGCAGUCUGUAUCGUUGAACUGAUCAGUGACAUAAAUUAUAAUGGAACAUUGAAAUUGUGGGAUUUGUGCAAAUCUGCAAUGAGAAAAUGUUGCUUUUGUUA